CUUGCUCCUAUGCUUGACUCUCCUGAGACUAUCAGCCGCCUUUGCGGCUUUUCGCCCCACCACUCUCCAUCUCUCCUCAACCCUAUUAUUACUUAUUCACACAUCCACAAGAACUUGAAAUAGACGACAUGGGCAAACGUCACAACAGAAAACGAACUAGAAGCCGUCCUCGGAACCGCAACAACAACCACGACAAUUCACCUCCGCAAGCCAUCAACCACACUCGAAGCGAGUCGGUCAGCACUACCUCUUCAACUCUCUCCGCAACCAGCUCCUGUUUCCACCCUCAAAGCUAUCCGAAUGCGAGUGCCAGUGCGAACCACUGGCAGCAAACUUACACCGCAUGGCAAACCCGGCUUCGACUACAACAGGAGCAGGAGCAAGAGUUAGAGACUCAACGACUGCGCAUCUUUGGUGGACUACCGGAGGAUGAGAGGACCUUGAUGGAGCCGAUGCUCAAGGUGGUUACGGAUCUUUUUGAUGGUUUCUACGAUUACGAAGAUCCGUGAUGAUUAGAGUGCUGGUUCUUUGCACAUCUCUACUCCUGCGCAUGGGCAUCCAUUUCAACGGACGAUACAUGUUUUUUACGACGAACACGACACGAAUUAACGACCAAACCAACGAUGACUCUGGUAGCCAGCCGGGGGCGUGG